UUUAUUGGCAAGUCUUUUUUGUAAAUUUAUUUAUACUUUAAAAUUCUGAUAAAAAUUCCCAAAUCCCAAUUGAUCCUCAACCAGCACGUCUGAAGUUGCUGCAAGAUUUCAUCUGAAGAUCGAGAAAGUUGUAAACAUGCCUAAGAAGAUGGGUGUGAACAGUAAGGCCGAGGCAUCUAGGGCCCGGAAGACCGCGGUCGAAUCUGAACGGAAGGAUCGUGAGGAACGGGAGAAGGAAGAUCAAUAUUGGCGCGAAGCCGAGGGAUCAAAGUCUCGCGCUGCUAAGAAACGUGAGGAAGAAGCGGAGAAACGAGCGGAGGCUGCUGCUAAGAAGGCGGAGGCGCGCCGUCUGGCUGAAUUGGAGGAGCAGGAAUUGGCCAAGUCACUGAAGAAGCCGGACAAGAAAGUUGAUAGAGUAUCUGUCCCGGUACCGAAGGUGACCGAAGCUGAACUCCGGAGACGAAGGGAAGAGGAGCAGGCGGCGAUUCAACGUAGGGCCGAGGAGGAGAAGCGAAGGCAGGGCCGUGUUGCGGAGGAGGAGGAGUAUGAAAGGAUGGUCCUCGUUACGAAUACAAAUCGUGAUGAUUCCAUCAUUGAGGCUAGGUCAGUGGAUGAAGCGCUUGCUCGCAUGACUGUCGCUGAAAAUUUGCCUGUUGAUAAACAUCCAGAGAAGAGACUUAAGGCUUCUUUCAAGGUAUAGCCGUAUAGGUCAUUAAUUUACUUUGUUUAUUGAAAAUUAAAAGAAUUUAAGAAAUUUUAGUUCUUCAUUUUUAUCAUUGGAAUUAUAUUUCAUUGAAUCUAUAAAUGAAUUCGCGGAUAUUGUAUACCGAAUUCGUCAAUAAUCCAAAGUAUAUCCUUUGAAGGCAUAAACAAAUUUCCUGUGUAUUGAAUAUAUGAUCUCUUCAAAUUAUGUUUAACCAAGCGUCAACGAGAAAUAUGCUUUCUUCAUACAUUCCUAAUAGACUCAUAGUUGGACGCUUAAUGAUUGUAGGCCUUUGAGGAAUAUGAGCUUCCUAGACUGAAAGAAGAGAAACCUGGGCUUACUCACACACAGUACAAAGACAUGCUUUGGAAGCUUUGGAAGAAAUCUCCAGAUAAUCCUCUUAACCAGAUUGCAGAUAAACAAUGAGUGCAUCCAUCUAUUUCAUUGAAGGUUUGAAUGCAUUCCUGUUGGUGAAUUAUUGUGAAGUGAUGUCAUGAUUACUUGAUUAGUUUUUGUACUUCACAACAAGCCAAUCCUCUAUGACAGUUUAGCUCCAUGAAUCAUGGAGACAUGGAGUAUACUAUUCUUACAUGAAUAUGAAUGCUGGUAAUCCUCUUCGAUCCCUAGUGGAGUAGGGAGCCUGCAUCGUGCUGCCUUUGUUUAUUUUUCUUUUCGAACUGUUCAAAACUUGUAAGCUGUACUUGAACAAUAUGUGAUGGAGGAAAAUUCCACUACCAGUACAAGAUACUACUACCUAGUACCUACCUGGCUACCUUCAUGACUCAACCCCUUUGAAGAUAUUGCACAUUUUUUUUGUUUUGGCAAAUGAGGAAACUUUGAUGUCAAACACCAAGGCUUGAGCAUUUCAUCCAAACAAUUCUAUCUGCCGUGUGAUAUAAAUAUGGCUGUUGAACCAUGAUGAUGUGUGUUGGAUGACGAUCCUUGGUGGUUCUUGACUUCUUGCUAGCAAUUCUUUGAGAAAUGUGGGUCGUACACGUCAUGACACAUGCAAAAAAUUACUACGUAUUAUCGGUGUGAGACACAAUUCCACUUUACAAAAUGAAAAAAGAUUACUUGUGCAUAGAAAUAUGUGUGGCGUGUAAAAUGUCG